GUGGGUAAACACAUUUUGUUGACAUUCGUGACAGGUGUUCUGACUUGUUACUUGCAGUUUAUUUCUUUUAAAAUGACGGAUCACAACACUGUGUUAGGAGUUGGCAUCGGCCUAUUCCUCAUAAUUCUAGUUUGGGCUCUUAGCCUGUUCCUUUGCAUUGUUUUUUCCAGAGCAGUUGGGGCAAUAUCGAAUAUCGGUAUAGUGAUGAUACUGUUUGCUACCCUGUUUACUGUGAUACUGUUAGUUUUACCCAGAGAAGAUUUUGAAGCUCCAACAACAAAGAUAUAUGACUACUCCAUCAUCUUUAGAUCAGUUCUUAUUGCUGCAUGUUCUUUAUUUCUGGUAAUUGGACUGGUUGCUUUUUUGAUAAUACAUCUGAUGGAACCAGUCUAUGCAAAGCCAAUACGGAGACUCAAACUGUCGUAGAAACUUACAGAUAGCAAGUGCUAGGAAACUUUGUGCCAAGUUAUUUGAAGUCCUUGUUUUAUCAGCAUUGUGAUAUAGUGUAACAAUAGGUUUCUGCUGAGAGCAAGUACCUGCCUUCUACUUACAGUACUAGCGGUAAGGUGGUUCACAAUCUUGUAAAAAUGUUAACACAGGGAAGGUUUCAUUAAAACACUGCCAUAGCUUGGAAUAGUGCAUGUUGUCAUGACCAUAAAAGUUUGACAACUUUUUUGCAGGAAAUAUGUGGAAGAAAGGUUGAGUAGCAGAAAAAUGACUUUUGUGUAAGGGGAAAAUAGUUUAAAUAUUGUUUCAAAUAAUAGGAAUGAUAUAACUCAUCUCAGUGUUGUGAAAGAAAACUUAUAUAAAUGUGCCAUGUUAAAAGUAUAGAUUCUGACAGACUAUUCUUCACAACUUUUAUGCAAGAAAAUAAGGCGAACAAUUGUAAUUUGUUGUCCACAUUUUUUAUAUUUAAGUUAUCAAUUUAUGUUCAGGUUGUAGAAAUAUUGCAUUUAACACUGAGAUAAUAGAAGGCAUCUUUGUUUUCCAUUUUACAAAUGUUAGCUUACACAGGUUGAAAAAAUAACAAUUUCCCAUUUCAUGUGAAAUCACUUCUCACACUGACCAAUUAUUUAUCAAACCCUUGCACACUUAUCAAGUAAAGCGCAAAUAAAGCUUCUUUGGUUAUCAUGAGAUUCGGCAAGAGUUCACUCUGAUCUUAUAUGAGAGUAUCAGAUAUGUUGUAUUCUAUAGAUCCUUGCUGGCAUUAAAAAAUAUAUAUAAUGUUGGCAUUUAAUGAAUGCCAGUCUUUACAAUUAAUUGAUAAUAAUACAUUGAGCGUUCGCUCAAACUCAGAUAAUUCUUACACCACCUGUCGCUCGAACUCAUCGUCAGGUCCCGGCAUAAUAUCUUUAUAAUGUAUAUUUUUCCAUGGCUUGGACUACCGAUCACUCGAACAGAUUUUGCUUGUCCCGUCGAGUUCGAGAGAACAAAGUUCGACUGUAAUUAAUGUUUGCUCUGUAACAUUUUAGAAAAUAUUUUGUGUUAUAGUGUAUAGAAUAAUAAAAUCUGUAUUUAUUUGUAUAUAUUAUUAUGUUUUUUAGGAAUAUAAAAAUAAAAUGAA